AUGCAGAGAGUUUUAUCGAUUCAAAGUCACGUCGUCAGGGGAAAGUGUGGAAAUGCCUCAGCUGCGUUUCCUCUCGAGCUCCUCGGGCUGGAGGUGGACAGAUUAAACACUGUCCAAUUCAGCAACCACACUGGCUACGGCUCGUGGACUGGUAAAAUGCUCGAAACUGCAGAAGUAGCGUCACUUCUGGAUGGAUUGCGAAGCAAAGGCUGGAUUCAGAAAUACGAUGUGAUUUUGUCUGGAUACAUGCGCGACAAGGGCAUUUGCCAAGUUAUUUCUGAUCUUGUUGAUGAAGCGGGAGCGACGUGGGUUUGUGAUCCGGUCCUUGGAGAUUACCCCAGAGGUCUUUACGUACCAGAAGAGCUUGUUGCUGUGCACAGAGAUAUUUCGUGCAAGAAAGCUACGGUUUUGACACCUAAUCAAUUCGAAGCAGAAUGUCUUACAGGAAUCAAAAUCACGGAUGAAAAAAGUGCCUGGGAAUGUAUCGAAGCCCUGCACAACCUUGGACCUCAGAAAAUAUGCAUAACUUCGACUCUUAUGACCGAAGAAGAUGGAAAAUUUAUGAUUGGCCUUGUGUCUGAUAAUGAGACUAGUAUACGAGGAAAGAUUCGUAUGCCAGUAUUGACUGAUAGAAGAUGUAUUACGAAAGAUAACCAAAAUGGAUUUGUGCACUUUACUGGAACUGGAGAUAUGUUUGCUGCUUGUUUAUGUGCGCAUUCCGCUUCACUUCCAUUUCAUCAAGCUGUAGGAUGCGCGAUUUAUGCAGUCAAAGCCACUCUAGAGGCGACUUUAGAAAGAUGUGAAGGGCUAAACGACUUAUCUAAAGCCGAUUUGGAGCUGAAUCAGAUCGGCGCGCGGCAUAAAAUUAUGAAUUCUGGCAGUUAUGACUGGACUGAGUUCGUCAAAUUAAUAUAG